AUGUCGGGGGAGACCGGCAUAUUCGAUGUCUACGGCUUUGAAUUGACCGUCAGCGCGGCGGAAAAGGCGGACCGCUACGCGUGCGCGGAGUACGCGCUGCGGCGCGAGGCCAAGUGGGAGCCGUUCGUCAAGUCGCAGUGCCUGCCGGAGGGCGCGAAGCUCAAGCGCUACGUGCGCAAGGGCGUUCCCCCAGUGCUGCGCGGCUGGGUGUGGUGGCACACGUCCGGGGCGGCGGCGCACCGCGAGCGCGGCGGCGCCACCCACUUCCAGAGGAUGGUGGAGGCUGGGGAGCGGCGUCCCUGCCUCAGGCAGAUAGAGCUGGACCUGCCGCGCACGUUCCCGCGCAACACCUGGGUGCCGACCCCCGAGGGCCUGGCGGCGCUGCGCAGCGUGCUGGUGGCGUAUAGCGCCCACAACCCGGACGUCGGGUACUGCCAGGGCAUGAACUUUUUGGCGGCGCUGCUGCUAGUGGCGGUCGAAAAAGACGCGGAGCGCUGCUUCUGGCUGCUGGUGGCGCUGCUGGAGGGUAUCCUGUACCCCAAAACCUACGCCCCCCAGCUGGACGGGUGCCACGUGGAGAUGCGGGUGCUGGCCGAGCUGCUCAAGGCCAAGGCGCCCAAGCUUCACCGCCACAUGGAGGCGAUGGGCUGCGAGGUGUCGCUGUUUGCCACGGACUGGUUCCUGGUGCUCUUCGCCACGACGCUGCCCGCCGAGACGGCGGCCAGGGUCUGGGACAGCGUCUUCCUGGAGGGCACCAAGGUUCUGUUCCGUGUGGCCCUGGCGCUGCUGAUCAUGCACCAGGGCCUCCUGCUAAAAAAGGACAACCCAGGCGAGCUGCUCAAGGCGCUGAAGGACGCCAACCUGCACGUGCACCAGCGCGACAGGCUCAUGGCCGCGGCCUUCAAGGACGUCGGGUCCUUUCCCAUGGCCAAAAUCAGAGGAGGAGUAGAGCCAAGCAGCGGCACCCAGGUGCACCGCCUCAUGUAA